UCUGACAAAGGCUCACUCAAAGGUCUAUAUUAAGUUUUGGUUUCCUUUCUAGUGGUUCGAUACACUGGCCGAAGAACCAAUUUGGGCCUGUCCUGUAGGCUUUCCGGCAUGAGGGCGUGGUACGCCAGUCCUCCAGCCGUCCUAGCAACGAUCCCGAACGCAGAGCCCCAGAACCGGCGAAGAUGCCCGGAAAGCUGAAGGUGAAGAUUGUGGCCGGGCGCCAUUUGCCCGUGAUGGACCGAGCGAGUGAUCUGACUGAUGCCUUCGUAGAGGUGAAAUUUGGUAAUACAACAUUUAAAACAGAUGUAUAUCAUAAGUCCCUUAACCCUCAAUGGAAUUCAGAAUGGUUUAAAUUUGAGGUGGAUGAUGAAGAUUUACAAGAUGAGCCUCUACAGAUUACAGUACUUGACCAUGAUACUUACAGUGCAAAUGAUGCCAUUGGCAAAGUGUAUAUUGAUAUUGAUCCUUUACUGUAUAGUGAGGCUGCUACAGUAAUCUCAGGAUGGUUUCCAAUUUAUGACACCAUACAUGGUAUCCGUGGGGAGAUCAAUGUAGUAGUAAAGGUAGACCUAUUUAAUGAUUUAAACCGUUUUAGGCAGUCAUCUUGUGGAGUAAAAUUCUUCUGCACAACAUCUAUUCCAAAGUGUUACAGAGCUGUAAUAAUUCAUGGAUUUGUAGAAGAAUUGGUGGUGAAUGAAGACCCAGAAUAUCAGUGGAUUGAUCGAAUUCGUACACCAAGGGCAUCAAAUGAGGCCAGACAGAGACUUAUUUCAUUAAUGUCAGGUGAACUACAAAGGAAGAUUGGUUUGAAAGUACUUGAAAUGAGAGGAAAUGCAGUUGUUGGGUACUUACAGUGUUUUGAUCUGGAAGGAGAAUCUGGAUUAGUGGUACGAGCCAUAGGAACAGCCUGUACCCUGGAUAAAUUAAGUAGCACAGCAGCAUUCCUUCCUGCAUGUAAUUCCCCAUCCAAAGAAAUGAAAGAGAUUCCCUUCAAUGAAGAUCCCAAUCCCAAUACUCACUCAUCAGGACCCUCCACCCCUCUGAAAAAUCAAACUUAUUCCUUUUCACCUUCCAAGUCCUACAGUCGACAGUCCUCUUCUUCUGACACAGAUUUGAGUUUGACACCCAAAACUGCACCUUACCCACAGGGGCCUAGGAUUUUCCUGUGUCCCAGCUCCCCCUCUCUCUCUUCUGGUUCCCCUCAUCUUAAAAAGUCCUGUCUCCUCUCGGGAUCUAGCCUUACCCCUCAUCACUCUAGCCAUAUCAGCCCAGUUGUUCUGAGGAAAAGUGUUUCUUUCAGUGAAGAGUUGCUCCUGGCUGCUUCUGGAAUGGGCAGUGGGAGUGCUGGAAAAGAAGGGGGGCCAUUUAAAGCUCUUUUAAGACAGCAGACACAGUCAGCGCUGGAACAGAGGGGAGGAUCGCCUCAUAGGUUCUGUAGAAGUCGGGAAUUUCCAUUCUUUACCUUGACAGCGUUUCCUCCUGGAUUUCUUGUGCAUGUUGGGGGUGUUGUUAGUGCACGUUCUGUGAAGCUUUUGGAUCGAAUCCACAAUCCUGCCUUUGUCGGAAUUAUGGGUAACACAAGAUCUUACAAACUGCUAGACUGGAAUAGUUUCAAUUCAGAUGAACCAGAAACUCGAGAUGCUUGGUGGGCAGAGAUCAGACAAGAAAUAAAAUCUCAUGCAAAAGCAUUAGGCUGUCAUGCUGUAGUGGGCUACAGUGAAUCAACUAGUAUUUGUGAAGAGGUCUGUAUUUUAUCUGCAUCUGGCACGGCAGCUGUACUGAACCCUAGAUUUCUUCAGGAUGGCACGGUGGAAGGCUGUUUGGAACAAAGGUUGUCAUGGCAGCCUGGCUUCUUUUCCAUAGGGUCAGAGAAGGGAGAGGUUGAUUUUUUUCCUCAGAGCCAGGAUAGUUCCUCUCUAUUAGGACAAGAUGAAAGUUUACCUGCUGGUUGUGGAUUUUGCCACAUACCUUAUGAUGAACUGAAUAUGCCAUUCCCAGCUCACCUCACUUAUUGCUACAGCUGCAGAAAACAAAAAGUUCCUGAUGUUCUUUUUACAACAAUAGAUCUUCCUACUGAUGCAACAGUUAUAGGAAAAGGUUGUCUUAUUCAAGCCAGGUUAUGUCGCUUAAAAAAGAAAGCUCAAGCAGAAGCAAAUGCUACCGCUAUCAGCAAUUUGUUGCCAUUUAUGGAAUAUGAAGUGCAUACUCAAUUAAUGAAUAAGUUAAAACUCAAAGGAAUGAAUGCUUUGUUUGGACUAAGGAUUCAGAUUACAGUGGGUGAAAAUAUGUUGAUGGGCUUAGCAUCUGCAACAGGUGUAUAUUUAACAGCUUUACCAACUCCUGGUGGUAUCCAGAUUGCUGGGAAAACGCCAAAUGAUGGUUCAUAUGAACAACAUAUAUCUCAUAUGCAAAAAAAGAUAAAUGAUACAAUAGCUAAGAACAAAGAGCUAUAUGAAAUCAAUCCUCCUGAAAUACCUGAAGAGAUAAUAGGAUCUCCCAUUCCAGAGCCUCGGCAGCGUUCAAGACUAUUACGAUCUCAAUCUGAAAGUUCUGAUGAAGUUAUAGAGCUGGAUCUCUCACAUGGGAAAAAAGAUGCCUUUGUGCUAGAGAUUGAUGACACAGAUGCCAUGGAAGAUGUACAUUCUUUACUUACAGAUGUUCCUCCGCCUUCAGGUUUUUAUAGCUGCAAUACAGAAAUUAUGCCUGGCAUCAACAAUUGGACAUCUGAAAUACAGAUGUUCACUUCAGUAAGAGUAUCCAGAUUAAGCAACAUUAACUUGACAAAUCAGACACUUAAUAAGAAUUUUAAUGAUCUCUGUGAAAAUUUGCUCAAGAGCCUGUAUUUUAAACUUCGUUCUAUGAUACCCUGCUGCCUCUGCCAUGUCAAUUUUACAGUAUCUCUUCCUGAAGAUGAAUUAAUUCAGGUCACUGUCACAGCAGUUGCAAUAACAUUCGACAAACAUCAGGCUAUACAGACCACAAAAACUCAUGUGGAAAAGUCAUUACAAAGAGCCUCUACUGACAAUGAAGAACUUCUACAAUUUCCACUGGAACUUUGCACAGAUUCACUUGCUUCUCACCCUUUUUCACCAGCUAAAGACCACCUGGAGAGUGCAAGUUCUAACUCAGGUAUACCAGCUGCGCAGAGAGCGACAUCAAUUGAUUACAGUUCCUUUGCAGACAGAUGCAACAGCUGGAUAGAGCUCAUUAAACUGAAAGCUCAGACCAUAAGACGUGGAUCAAUUAAGACAACUGUGUCAGUAGAGAAAGCAAGCCCAUUGACUGAAGGACAUUUUCGACAACGUUCUACUCCUGCGUGUGCAAAUUCUACAGUUGGUGUGGUUAAGAUGACACCCCUUUCUUUCAUUCCUGGGGCAAAAAUAACAAAAUAUCUUGGUAUAAUUAAUAUGUUUUUUAUACGGGAAACCACUUCUUUACGUGAGGAAGGAGGAGUCAGUGGUUUUCUCCAUGCUUUUAUUGCUGAAGUGUUUGCAAUGGUGAGAGCUCAUGUUGCAGCAUUAGGAGGGAAUGCAGUUGUCUCCUACAUAAUGAAGCAGUGUGUGUUUAUGGAAAAUCCAAACAAAAAUCAGGCACAAUGUCUAAUAAAUGUAAGUGGUGAUGCAGUGAUUUUUGUACGUGAAUCUGAAUUAGAAAUUCUAUCAGCUCAACAGUCCAUUACCAGCUGCCAGCCUGCAUGCAGUGGAGGAGAAAUUGCUACCUGAAAAGAGACCAAAAUAAUCAGUGCUUGUUGUAAGGUGUCUGCUUACUUCUUUGGAGUUGGUCCUUCUAGGAUUUUAAAAAGUAAAGAUUAACAUGAGACAAUCAAGAAGGGUGUGAUAGAGAAGAAUUCUCUACUCCUUUAAUUUUGCCUGCACAGUCUAGACAUUGAGUAUUGACUUUAGAAUUUGUGAAGAAAAAUGGCACAGAACUAUUGAAGAAAAGAUGCAACUUGCUUGUGAAAUCAGUUAUUUUUAAACAAAUUUAGAUCUUCAAAUACUAUUUUUAAAUAAAGUGUGUUCAUUGGAAGAAGUCAUUUUAAAAAAGCAACUAAAUCCUGGAACAUAAUCAGGAAACUAGGACAGUUACCCUGGUAUAAUUUUGAAACAAGCAGCAAAUUUACAAUUGUAUUUCAAAUGUGUGAGGAAAACUUUACCUAGUGAACACUAAGAAAAGUAACCAAAACUACAUGGAUUUGAGUUUCUUCAUUUGUUUUAUUUUGUUCAACAAUUUGGUGACUAUUGCAUAAGGAGAGAGGAAGGUGCUUUUAAAAAUCUUUUUUUUUUCAUUGUAAAGUCUUGUAAUUUGCUGCUAGUUAUAUGACUAUAAUUACCAUGUUAAAAAAAAAAGAUAAUUUAUCAGCACCAAGUUAUUUCAGUAUGUUUCCAUAAUGCUUUUUUGUCAGCAAAACAAGAAAACCAUCAUAUAGUUAAAUAACUGAUUGUACCAAGCUAUUUCUUAACUCCACAAAUGCUAACUUUGGAAUUU